CUGCAAACAGUAUGGUAAUAAGAGGGGCUAUGCAAAUAAAAUAUUACUAGCAUGGCAGUGGCUUUAAGGAACAGCUAAAUCAAACCUUGGCGUGAGCAGAAUUCAUACAAAGGCAGAUGAGGGCAGAAAAUGUGGCAAUGAAGAAUAUGGAAUGAGAUGAGAUCACAGCAUCAGUCUGUCCUUUGUGGACCUGGACAAUGAUCACAGAGCCAGAUGGGAUUAGUGAAACCUAUUUACUAGAAGUUCAGAGCAGUUGCAUGAAGCUGAUAGGCAGCCAGGAGAGAGAGGUGAAAAAAUGCACCAGAUUUACAGCUGCAGUGAUGAAAAUUUAGAAGUGUUCACUGUGAUUUCAUCCAAAUCACGUAACCCCAUCAGGAAAAAAACCAAAGGUACACAAUGCGUCCUAUCAAAAAAGGUGGUGGCAGUGUCCAGUUAUCAACCUCAAGGGACAGAUGAAUUGUUGUCACACCAAGGUGAUCUCAUUCAAGUCUUCUACAAAAACAAAGAUGGACGAGAUUUCAGCCAUCUACAGAACAGGCAGAAAGGAGUCUUCCUUAAUCCUACCAAGUGCCCUGAAACACAUACAGAAAUAUCUAAACAACAGUCAUUUACCUGUGGCAAUAAUCAAUCAGAUUCAAAGUCUUUGCAGCCUCAAGCAUCUCCUGGAUUGCACCACAAUGCAAAACAGAUUGCAGCCACAGAGCCAGCAAUAAGGGAUGAUGUUGCAGAAGAGCAUGCUAUGCUUUCAUGGAAAAGUACUGAAGAUGACACAGCCUCCACUCAUGGGCCUGAAGCCUCUUUACCUUUGACGGGGAGCCCUUUGCAGGGCACACCAAGCCUCCUGAGAAAGAUAUGGAUGAAGCAUAAAAAGAAGGCAGAAUAUCUAGGGGCCACCAAUGGUGCCUUUGAGGCAGACUGAGAAACCUCAGCCUUGCUUUCGUGGAACAGAGGUUCAUUUGAGAGAAUUCUGUUGCAUAUAUCCAGA